AUGAAGUACUCUACAGUUGCUCUUGGUCUGUUGCUGGCCGGCACUUCUCAGGCAAAGCAAUAUGGCUUUCUCAAGGACAAUGGCAAUGGCUCUUGGAUUAUUGGAAACGAUGUCUGGAACAUGACUCAAGAACGUAUCUAUGGUUCCAAGUUGUACUACAAGGAUCAAGAACUUGUCGGCGAAGCUACUGGUCACUACGUCAGUUACAAUGGAGCAGCCAGCAACCUUGCGUGGACAAGUGCAAAGAUUGUCAAGACUGGAAGCAAUUACAUCGAUGUCCAGUUCGACGCCACUGAAGGCGAGAUGCAUUGGGUCAUCUUCAACGGUCUCGCUGGCGCAUAUCAAUACUUUGUCAACCGCGCUCUGCCAGUCCUAGGAGAGUUCCGCACGCUCUGGAGACUAGACAAUGAAACUUUCACCAGUGCUUACAAUGCAGACAAGGAUGGUGUUUUACCUCCAUUGUCCGAAUACGCCAUCUCGACCAAGAUUCAGGAUGAGACUUGGAAGACACCGGAAGGGAAGUAUUUGACCAAGUAUGAUUGGUCUGGUUUUGUCAGAGAGCAAGAGUAUUGGGGUGUGUAUGGUGACAAUUUUGGCAGUUGGUAUCUGCACCCUGGCAAGGAUUACUUCAACGGCGAUCAUCUGAAGCAAGAGUUGAUGAACCACCGCGAAUCUGCAACUGGAGACGCCGUCCAACUCAACAUGAUUCACGGCACCCACUUCCAAGCCCUGUCUAACGAUGUCCUCCCCAAUGGCAAAAUCUGGGGGCCCUGGCUCUGGUACCUCAACGAUGGAACAAAAGCAGAUGUCGACCGCCGCUACAACAACGAGAUCAAUUCUUGGCCCUACAAAUGGCUCGACGACGCAGCAUACAACUCCCGCGUCGCUUCCGUGACAGGAAAACUCCUCCUCUCCGAUGGCAGACCUGCUGCAGGCGCUGCUGUAUUCCUCGGCGACAAUCACCCCAACAAGACAACUUUGGACAUGGGCAGUGAUUACUACUACACCACCUACGCCGACAACGAUGGUUCUUUCCGCUUCACAGACGUCCGUACUGGACUUUAUGCUCUUCAAGCUUGGUCAAACGGCGGCAGUAUCGGCGAUGUCACCACCACAUUUCUCAAAAACGACGUCGAUGUUUCUGGCUCUGCGACUAGUAAAACUCGUCUGGAUAAAUUGACAUGGUCUGUUCCUACUUCAAACACGAUUUUCCAAGUCGGCGAGUUCGACAGAAAAUCCACCGGUUUCGCUUUCUCUGGAGGCUUUGGAGCCGGACGCGUGGACAAGUGUCCCGCUAAUCUGACUUAUACCGUCGGAAGCAGUAAAACCGCAGAUUGGUGUUUUGCCCAAAACGCAAAGGGAACUUACAGUAUUGCUUUUCCUCUGCCGCUUUCGAACACCACCACUUCUGACGCGCUUUUGACGGUCAGUUUGGCUGGAUAUUCUCAAGGUACCACUGUUAAUAUCUUUGCUAAUGAUGUGAGGAUCGGGAAUCUGAGCAGUAGUGGCAUUUUGAGUGAUCCUAGUUUGUAUCGUUCUGGCACUGUGGCUGGGGAGUGGCAUCAGUUCGAAUUCCCUAUCAAUGGGAGUUCGUUGAAAGCGAGUAACAAGAUUGAUUUUAGGGUUACGAGUUUAUCGACCAGUUUGUGGAGGGGACCGAUUUAUGAUGCUAUCAAGUUGGAGUGGAUUUAG